CGGACAAAUGUGAAGGAGUGAAGAAUACAUAAACAGUGGAACAGCGCCGUGUCUGGCCCUUUCCGAUAAGCCCGGUCAUUGUUCGAAUGGGAAACAUCAACGACAACCCUUCUUCUUCUUCUUCUUUCAUUCUUUCUCAGCUUCAACCACUUUGAGUUCACCACACCCUCGUGCUUUUCUUCUUCUUCUUCUCUCUCUCUCUCUACCUUUUCCACACUCACAUACUCUCUCUCUCUCUCUCUCUCUCUAGCAAUCACGCAAUUCCCAUAUACCCGGUUUUUUCUUUCACUUUCUUUCCGUUUCUCACCCACCAAACACCCGACCAACCAACCCUAGAACCCAAGAGAGAAAAGAAUCUGUAAGUGUCAACCAAACUCCAAAUUCAGCUUAGCAUGCUUUGGUAGUGGAUUUGAGGUGCUUUUGAGAACAAGGAAAGACCAUUUGGGAAAUUCAACAAACUCCUGAAAUCAGACAGCAAAGAAGGGUGCUGAUCUGAAGAAGUGUUGUCUUUUAAUGAGCUAAAGUUUUCAGGUUCUGAUUUGUACUUUUAUUUUUGGUUUUGUUUCAAUAACAACGGAACUCCAGGGAUAUAGAUCUGUAAUCUUAACAUCUGGGUUUUUUUUUUUUUUAAUAUCUUUCUUGUCUUUGAUUUAGACCUCAACACCUGUCACCCAACAUUGUUCAAAGUAACGAGGCUUGAACCUUCUUCUUCAAUAACUUUAUUUAAAUACUAUUUGAGCGUUUCACAAAUAGUGGUUUCAUUAAAGACUUUGUGAUAUUUUGCACACUAAGCCAGCCAUAAUGAGCCUUGCAGUGGUGUUGUGAUUUCUAAUGAGAUUUACAUAAUGUAUGUUAUUUUAAUUUCAAGGGAAGGGACAAGACAUAAAUACUACUAGCAGAAGCUAAAAAGGGUUUGACUCAGAUCAAACACCCAUCUGCAAAUUUUGCACCUUUGGCUUAAAACAAAGCAGAAAGGCUCAGAUCGAAGGAAGAGAGGGGGUGAGGGUCUGAGACCUAGUUCAGUCUUUUGCUUUUGAAAGGCAUUCUGCAACUGCAAAAAGCUAAACAAGGCCCUCCUGACUUGGACCGCGAUAUAUCAGAGCGUAAAAGAGGCCUUUUUAUCACUACACAGCCAAAGCAGUCUCUGAAUUAUCAUCAUCAAUGCAAAGGACAUAGCCAACCCCACACCUGCACUCUCUCUCUUUCUUUCUUUCUCUCUCUCUCUCUACCUCUACCUUUGUACUAGUGUAACAUAAUUAAAGAGAAAGGCAAAGUGGGCUUGUUUUGAGCUUGAUCGGCUUCUGUUGUUGCAAAGGCAUGAUUGUGGUAUGGAGGAGGAUGAGAUACAAGCACAGGCGUGUAAGUUCCCAAGAGUAGGAAAUGGAAGGAAUGAGGAAGAAGAUGGAGAGAUCAGAAGAAAAGGAAGCGAUGGUGUGAGCACAAACAGGUUCCACAGUUGGCACCACUCUUCUAGAAUCAUAAGGGUGUCAAGAGCAUCUGGGGGAAAAGAUAGGCACAGCAAGGUCAUGACUUCAAAGGGUUUAAGAGACAGGAGGGUUAGGCUUUCUGUUACCACAGCCAUUCAGUUCUAUGAUCUUCAAGAUCGCUUGGGUUAUGACCAACCCAGCAAAGCCGUGGAGUGGUUAAUAAACUCAGCUGCAGAUGCCAUUGCUGAACUACCUUCUUUGAACAACACAUUCCCUGAUACCCCCAAGCAACCAAGUGAUGAGAAAAGGGCAAGUGAACAAGGCUUUGAUUCUGCUGAUGCAGAACUAGAUGGUGAGAACACAAACUAUCAGCAGCAUAACAACCAAAGCCAGAACCUUUCUUUGUCCAAAUCUGCUUGUAGCAGCACCUCUGAGACAAGCAAGGGUUCUGGCUUGUCCCUCUCUAGGUCUGACAUUCGUGUGAACCGUGUCAAGGCCAGAGAGAGAGCAAGGGAAAGAAGAACAGCCAAGGAGAAGGAAAAGGAGAAAGAAAAAGAGAAUGAAUCUCACAACAUAGCUCCCCACCACCACCACCAACAACACCACAAUGUGAACCCCAUUUCUCAAACAGCUUCUUUCACUGAGCUUCUCACUGUUGGAAUCAACAAUGCAGUUCCCACAAGUCCAAGAGGGUCAGUUCAUCAGAAUGUUAGUGACGAGCCUAAUUUAUUCAACAAAGCAUCCAGACAGCAAUGGUGUUCAUCAGCACCAAUGGACUACUUCACCUCAGGGCUUCUUGGACCUUCCUCUUCAAGAACCCAUCACCAUCAUCACAAUCAACCCUCUUCCUCUUCUGGGUUCUCAGUAUCACAAGUCCAAUUAGGACAUUCCCUUCCUGAAGCCAUGUCAGUUUCACCCUUCAACGUGAGUGGUGAAAACCACUCAUCAGAUCCUCAGCUACAACACUUCUCAUUCAUCCCAGAUCAUCUUAUGUCAGCUGUGGUAACAUCUUCUGCUUCUUCUCAACCCAGCGGGAAUGAUUACAACCUCAACUUCACCAUAUCUUCGGGCCUUGCUGGUUACAAUAGGGGGACCCUUCAGUCCAAUUCUCCGUCUCUGUUGCCUCACUUUCAGAGGUUUUCACCUAUAGACGGAUCCACUGUACCUUUCUUCAUUGGAGCUGCACCUGCAUCAGCUGCUCCUACCAUGGAGAACCAUCACCACCAUCAGUUUUCUUCUGUUUUUGAUGGCAGCCGCUUGCAACUUUGCUAUGCUGAUGCAUGCCGGCAUUCAGACCAGAAGGGGAAAGCCAAGAACUGACUUUUGGAUUCCUCCAUUUUCUUCCUGGACUUCAAGAUAGAGUACUAUCAGCAAGCUGUGUACCAAAGCUUGCCUUCGCCAAAACGAAUGAUACGUUGUCGUCAUCAAGUGUUGGUAUUUCGUGUUGGAUCAUUUUGAAGUCAUUCAAUUACAUUCAGUAUUUGGAUAUAUAUUGAUCUUUGCGUGCAAGAUCAUUGUGUGUUUUUGGAGAAAUGUAAAAGCAACUACCAAGAUAUUCUUUUACUUUCUGCAAUUAUUUUGACAUUGUCUAUAACAUAAGUUGAGAAAAGAGCUGUUAAUCAC